GCUUUGGCGUCAAAACGGGGUACCUGCACACCAAGACCGCCCCGAAGUAUGCCUCGGCCGAUGCGCUGCCAGCUGAAGAGGUGUCCGAAACAAUGGCGGGCUUCACUAAAGCCUCCCUCUAUGCCCGCUGCAAGAACAAAAUGCAUGUGGUGACCAUGGCUUUGCUUAACAACGAGCUAGUCUCUGACAUUGAUGCGUGGUACUGCCUGAGCAAGCCCCUGUCAGAGGAAUUGCACAGGACACGGGUCCUGGCAAAGGAUGGCCAUGAAGGGACGGCCAAGAUGCUCUUGCAAGAAGCAAGAGGGUCCACCAGCCUGCAGACCGUCCAGAAGGUCUUCGAGCAGUUGAUGGCCCCGGACACCUGGGAGGCACAGGGGCUCUGGUUCGGGGCCAAGCUGCGCAGCCGCUUCGUGCAGAAGUUGAAAGCCGAGGACCCACUGGUGUGUCUGCAGGACAGACGCUGGAGCCGGCUCUUCGAUAUGACGCUGACCCUCGUCAGGCACAAACUUCUGAACGCCAGCGUCGCAAUGUUCCUCUUCCCACAGGCACUUGCGCGGUUCCUGUCUGACAACGAGUCGGAAAGAUUGGUAGCUCUCGUCGACCUCUACGAGAGCUACCAGGCGCACAAGGCGGCAGAGGCAACGCGCACGAAGUUCUGCAGAACAUUUGUGGCGCGGUCGCCCUUCCAACUUCAGAUCAUGAAAGACAUCGUGCGUGCACUGGAGCGGAGCAGCUGGCAAUUGAGCAAGGAAGUCACUGAACUGGUUUACAACAUCUUCCAUGGCUUCGCAAUCACUCUCAACGAAGAAGGCUUUGGCAAGGCCAGAGCCCAGGAAAAGACGGCUAAUCAGGCACACGAAAUGCCGGAUGUGCACGCUUGGCAAUGCCUGAGCUUCACAGGUGUCCUGGCAGCCAGCGGCUAUGAUGAGAUCGCCACGGACACUGCCCUGCCCAACAUCAAGUGGCCGUCCAGCCUGUACCACAUCGCCCAUCGGGCAGCCCAUCCUGAGCUGAAGCAGGUUACCACACGGCAGAACUGGACCUCCCUGACACAGGCGGGCAUGCCAAUGGUGGCGUGUGAGAUGACUCUGCUGGUGAAGGCUGUGCGGGAGAAGCAGAACAUGGCAGAGCUGAAACUUGGAUGA